AUGGCUCCGCGUGUUUCUGUCCUAUCGCUGUUUCUGUUGAGCUUCAUGGCCGCGAGAGCGCUUGAGAUGAUUGACAGAAGCGCACCUGACCUCACCUGCAGCCAGGUAAGAAGGCUGAUGUAUUGAUAUCUUAAAGAUGUAACAUUAACUCUGACAACUAAUCAGAUUUUAAACUGGGAAUGAGUUUAUGUUUCUUCCUGUGGCAUUUUUCUCUCUUACAUAACAGCUAAGCAACAAAAAUUUUUAGUAUUUUGUAAUAUUUUGUAAUUUUAAUAUUGUUUAUUCUCACAUUUAUAGAGACAAAAUACACCAUGCAGACUUUUGUUUUUUGAAGGAUGAAUUAAGGGACAAAUUUCAAAAAGGACACAGGACACAUGAGAGUUUAAUGUCCAUUAUUUAUUUACCAUUGUGAGUGAAAAUGAAAACACAUUAACUCUACUUCUCCUUUUUUUAGAGAGUGAUUGAAUAUGCUUCCACCAUGAAAACUUACAAACACAAUAGCAAAAAGAAAAUGUAAUUUUUUCCUUUUUAGCAUUAUCUUGAUUUUUGCAGUCCUAAAAAUCUGUUGAUGGAUGUGUAAAGAAGAAACAUUAUUAGUGUGAAUAAAUGGGCUUCAAUUUUAAAUUUAUUUACUAAUGUUACGCAAGUUUAUCUGCAAAAUGUGCUUUGGUAAAAAUGCUGUCAAGAACUGAAUGAACAGUAAUACAGUGCAUUAAAUACUACACUAUAUGUAUGUAAGAUUUUGGCUCACUUUGGGCUUUGAGGAUUGGAGUGAGAAGCAAUCCCAAUAAGUUUUUACUUACUGAGAAGUUCAUUCCACUUAUUACAACUUAUCUAUACUUUCUCAUGCAAGGGAUCUGUGCACCUCCAACAACUACAACUCGUGUCCCCAGCUUUUGAGCCUCGUUGUCUCGUAUUCUGUGUGAGUGGGGUUACCUAAAAUGGUUUUAACUUUAUCUUCUCUCUUUUCAGGGUUUAUCCUGCCAGAGCCCAGGUAGCAACACGAUCCACACAAGUGCAUCCUAUAUCAUACUAAUCACCUGUAAGAGUAGUCCUGCUCUCUGUCUGUGGCUGAGUCUCUCUUACUUCAGCAGGUUGUCAGUUUGGUCUGCCUGAUCCAGACGAUUCGGUGAAUGUUACCCAUGUGCAGCUUCAAGUGUUUCUGUGCUGCUCUGACACACAGGACUGUAAACCCUGCCUUCAAAUCACAAUAACUAUCCAAGGUAAAGUAGUCAUAAAGGUCAGAUUGCUUUGACUGUCAAACUGAGUCCUUAUCAGAAUGAAUGAAUGAUUAAGUGUGCCGUCACAGAGUUCCUUGAAUAGUUGUUGCCUGCAUCCUCAUUGCUGUUUAACUGGAAAUAAGCCAGUCAGCUGCUGUGGUUUUAAAACAAUGUGUCUUUUGUUUGCUGGCUUGCUGGCUGAUUGGGAUUACAUCACACAUAAAGUUGUGGACACUAAUGAGACAAAGGAGAUUUCUGAGGCAUCUGGUCAACAUGAUAAUGAUGACGGCACCAUCAGUGGGAAUUCAUCAGGGGAGGGGAGCGGUGAUCCAGAAAGAGGUACACAGGCAUACCCUGAACACAAUCCAAAAGACACAGAUUAUGUCAUUUAAUCAUCUUUUUUUAAUUCAAUCACAUUUUUACCAUUUUCUUCUGCUCUGUAUGAAACAGCUUCAGUGGUGGUGCAUCUCAGCUCCCCAGGAUCCCUAGACUGUUUGAAGACACUUUCGAUUAAAACAAGAAAUUCCAGUUUAAACCAAGCAUCACAACAGCACACAGUCAAGGUGAAGAUCUUGAGAUUUUUCUCCACUAUGAACUGACUUAAUAGACAACAAGUUAUUAUAUGACCCCAAAAUACAGGAUAAGCAUAAAAAUAUCAUUUAGUGUAUUCAUGUUUGACUAAUGGCUCCAAAAAACUCAACCAGGGUCCAGUUUUGUUACUUUCCAUCCACCUAACCACUUUUCAGAUGUUUGAAUAGCUGCAAGUAACACCAAAGAAAAAAUUUGAACUUCAGAUAUUCAUAUCAAAAACUUUUGUGUGAGGUUUUGACUCUAAAAUAUGGCUGAACCCAAGCACUAAUGGCCUGGCAAUCUAAGCCCCCAACAUACAGAAGCAAUAUUCUGUGUUGCAGUGUUGCUGGUUUGAUUCCUGGUCAUAACCCUUUGUUGCAUGUUUUAUCCCACUCUGUACUCCCCAUGUAUCCCCACUCUCCAUGUCUCUCUUCAGUUGUACCAUCUAAAAAGGCAAAAAUGCUCAAUAAUAUAACUUAUUAAAGGGGGCUGACCCAUGGGCAAUAUUGUGUAAAACUGAGCUCAUGAUUGUGGUCCUCAAUGUGCUGCUCAGGAUGGUUGGAAAUUUUCUGGAUAUAGACAACCUGGGCAUCAUCAUUAAUGUUCCCACAUCAACUCUAUCUCUAAGUCUGCUUUCAUUCAACUAAAAAGUAUCUACAGCUUCAAAAUACCCAAACAUAAUUUUCUUUGGGUGAUAAUAUUUUGCUAAAUGAUUUGAAUGAAUAUAUUGGGCUUAUAUUUCUUUCCAUCACAGCUGCUGCUGAAGAACCUGAUAUUUGGCAGUCUCAUUGGUGUCCGUGUAUCAUCACACUCAGAGGGCACAGACGACGUUCAAAAUAUUACAAUCCCACCACUAGAGCAAGGUGAGCUAAAAAGUCAUACACUACGUAAACUGAAUUUUUGAUGACUCAUUUCACUGAACCACUCCUUCUCUUAUCUUUCAGUUUGCUCCUUGAACCUAAAGAGGGCUGUCAAGGACUGUGGUGGUAAGAGAAGCUGUGAAAUUUUACACAGUUCAUCUUUUUAGAUGCAUUAAAACAAAGUAUAAUUGUUACAGUUGUGUCUAUGCAGAAGCAUACACUCCGCUGUAUCUGUAUAUACAUAUUUUAUCCAACUAUUAUUUGAUAACUGUACAUAUUUCUACUCAUACUCCGAAAUAUCUUACUGUUUAUAUUCUUAAACGCAUCCACUGUUUAAUAGCAUUUUCUCUUUUUCACACCUGCACUAAUCAGUAUACUGUAUAUAUGAUCAUAUAUAUAAUUAUAUAUAUAUAUAUAUAUAUAUAUAUAUAUAUUUAUUUUUUUUGUAUAGCCUAUUCAUACCUGCAGUAACCAACACUGUGAAUAUAUUUUUAGCAUUUUCAUUGCACAUAUACAUAUAGUAUUUUCAGGUCAUAUCUGCACUGCCCAUAUGUACAUACCUUGCACUUUACUACCUUGCACUUCUGGUUAGAUGCUAAACUGCAUUUCGUUGUCCCUGUACUUGUACUGUGUUCAAUGACAAUAAAGUUGAAUCUAAUCUAAUCUAAGCAUGCACAGAGCAGUGUAAUAUUCACUCAUUAAGUGAAACAUCUCAGUGAAACUUAAUCUUGUGUUUGUGUGUCCAAGCUCCCAGAUUUCGAGUUGUGCCUGGUCAUAAGAGGCAUGAGUUUCUCCUCCAGCUUGAAAAUGAUACCAAUGGCUUACAAGAGGAGAUCAUGUUUUGCAUGGUUAGGAAUAAUGUAUUUGGGGAACAUCUGAGAUGGGUCAGUCAGCAAACUAUUCAUUAAAAAAUAUGCUGAUUUUCAGGAAGAUACUCUUUAUUUAUAUCUCUAACUUCUGCUAAACCUUUUGCAGCCUGCCGAUAAGACAGAAAUUCCUAUUCCUUCACACUCAGUUGCACCAUGCCUGUGCUUCCAGGUAGCUUUUGAUUUCAUUUCACUAAAAAGAAAAGACACCUAUCAAUAACUUUGGGGAAUGAAAUAUACCUGUAAUUCCUUUUAGUCGUGGUGGAAGGGAAAGGAACUCCGAAGAGAAUUCUGCCCUUUUAAAGACGAACAAGGUAAAUAAAGGUCAACCUUUGAGAAAGAGAUUUAUGUGUGGGGAAAUUAUUUAACAGCACAGCAAAAUCUUUUUUCAGACGCCAUGGAGAAGAUGCAGCAGAAUGUAUCCCUGUCUGUGGUUGAGUCUCAGAUGAGGGAGGGAGUCGUGGGGCUGAGCUGGAAUGUGACUGCCCCCUGCUGGCUUGAGGCGGAAGUGUGGCCGUGCAUGAAGGACCCGGUUGGGGACCACUGUGAGGAAGUGAUGGGCUUCAGACAGAGACUGCACUCCCAUGAACAUGCAGGCUGGAGGGCAACACGCAGGGGACACUGGGUAGGGAGAAGAGCUUGGGUUCUGUUAGAUAUAAAGAAAGGAAAGUAACCUUGUAGAUUAACCCAGAUAAUUAACUUUUAAUGAAUCCUAGGUUCCUUUUUAUGAUUUUUUUCAUUCAGUCAUUUCUUCAUUUUCAGAAAACAGGAGAGUUCAACAUAUCAUCACAUCCUCUGCUUUGCAUACAGGUAGUAAUUCCUCUCGUCUGCAAUCCAUUACAUACACUUGUAAAACAUGUUUUGCUGUUUACCUCUCUGAACACUUCACUGACCUUCACUCUGCUAAUCAUUUCUUAGUUAACUAUCCAUGGAAUGAAAUCAUACCUGGAGCCCCACUGUCCAUUUACAAGUAAGACUGUUAAUUAUUGUCCAGAAACAGGUCAAACAUCUUCACUGUUAAAAUAUUAACAACUGAAACAACAUGACUGAUUUUGUUGUAGAUUAUGUUUUAUAGGAAGUCUAUAAUACUUUUAUUUAAAUAUUUUUUUUUGCUUAUUUAUUUAUUUAUUUAUUUAUUUUUUCUUCAGAACCUCGAUGGAGGUGGGUGGUGCCACUUCUCAUUGCAUUGCUUCUUAUUUGUAUCAUCAUACUAGGAGCCUAUUUACUACAAGGGGUCUCACAUGGUCAGUUUUUUUUUUUAAAGAUUUAGGUCACUGAUUUUUGAAAGCAUUGCAAAAAAUAAACACUGUGUUUAAUUUCUCUUACAGGCUACGUGUGGAGGUGGUUGAAAGAAGAUGAAGUUAAAGGUACAAGAAAGCCUUUUCACAUUUUAUACUUUUAUUUUAGAUUCAUAAGAUAAGAUAAGAUAAGAUUCAGUCAAUUUUGUGUUGUUGUAGCCUAUUUAAAUUUUGACUUGAAUGUAUUACCCUUCUUCCUGAAUAUUCUCCUUUACUUGUGAUUGCAAACUCAGCAGUUACUGCUAUUUAUACUCCUCAAGAGAAAUUUAAAGCCUUCAAUUCCCACUUUAAUUUUUUAUAAUCGUAAUAGAACUAUCUUUAUGAUUCAUAAACUUUUGGUGGAAACUUUUUGGAGAUUAGGAGGAUGUUUGUUUACUGUCUCGUCUAAAGGAUGUUGUCUUAAGCUAAGCAAGCUAUUUCCUGCUGUAUUUACACAUAACAGAUGAUUUUAACAGUCUUUAAUCCAGCUUCAUAAAAUAUAAUAAUUCUGUUUCAGUUUUUAACAGGCUCUUAAUCUCUUCAUGUUUCAGGUGCUGUAGGUGGUGGUCAUGUGGUGUUGCUGUACCCACCUGAUGAUGACCAAGUUCUGCUAGAACUGAUGAGUCACCUGGGCUCGUCCCUGCAGGUCUUGGGUUUCAGCGUGUCUUUAGACCUGUGGAGCCAAUCUGAACUUGGGGUUUUGGGUCCUGUGCCCUGGCUCCACUCAAGAUUAAACCGGCUGAAGAAACAGGGUGGCAAAGUAGUCCUGGUCCUUACACAGACUGCCUGGGUCAGGGCUGAAGAAUGGGGAGCUCGUAGCUGUGAGAGAGACAGAGACGUGAAGGAAGUUGGAGGAGAAGGAAACAACGGUGUUCCUUCUCAGGGUAUGGAUGUCUUCACUGCUUCACUGAGCUGUAUUCUAGCAGACUAUUUACAGGGUCGCGCUGGUGAACGGUUCAUGUUGGUGCAGUUUGAAUCACUUCCACCAGAGCCCCCAGGUGGGUUCGGACCACUACCAGAACUUUUCCGUGGGCUUCACGUCUACAGCCUCCCCUCUCAGAGCCUGGGUUUUCUGACUGAGCUGGCAGGGUCUCGACCAAUGGCUACAGCAUCAGCCAGACGUAAAAGGGCGGGAGGGCUCAGGUUGGCAUCCGGAGCACUGGCACGAAGGUUGUCUGGGUUCACAGCAGGGACUACAGUAUUACGUCUUGCAGGGGUGUCCCAGAGUUGUGUUGGGGUUGGAGAAGAAGACUCUGCAGAGACAGUUCCUCUGCAACCAUGUCUUAUUACACCUCCAUCCAGCCCCGACUCAAGCUAUAAGGGCAAGGAAAUGGACUGGGUCUGACAGCAAGAGGAUGGGAGGCGAUGCUGGACUUGAAGAGCCUGUCAUGAGUUAAGGAUAGUUCAGGUAACUUAAAAUCACAUUGCAGCUGAGUCCAGCCUAUUGGCUGGUGGAAAAGGUGUCUUCCGUUCUUUUUCUCAGGAAAGUGGAAAAAAUAUGUCAAUUACAAGAAAAAACAUAAUAUCUAGCUUUAUACUGCUCUGGCUAUUUCUGCUCCAGAGACAUUAAACCACACAGCAUUAAACGACACAUACUUCAAAACAAUUUAAUGAAUAACUCAGUUAUUACACAGUUUGCUUACCAAGCUGAUUAUCUUGGUCACCCUUAUUGCUCUUGACCAGACACUACAUUAUUUAACAUAUUUUGAAUGUAUUUAAAAUAUAAUUUGUUGGUCAGAAAUAUUUGCUAUAGUUUGACAAAAAGACAUUGGAUGUAUUAUUGCUUUCAAUUCAAACUGUGAGAAUUCGAACUGUGAGAAAUGGGGUGAAGUUUCUGUUACCAUCUGUAUUAUUCCUUCCUUUGAUGUUUGUUAUAAGAUCUAAGAUACUUUCAGACUUUGUUUGUAUCUUAUAAUUCAUGUUUUUACAUAUUUAUUACCUCUUUAUAUUGUAUGUAUGUUAUGUUUGUUAUAAUGUUAUUUUUAACCUUGUUUUCUUUACUAUGAAAUGAAAUGUGCUCUGAAAAUAA